CACUGGGCUCCGCCAUUUUGGUGUUGUGUUGUCGCAUUUGAUCUGUGGUUGAUCGUCGUGCGUGAGCGUGUGUGUGUUUCGGGCGUGAAUUGUGUAGGCGUGUUUCAAUUCAUCGGGAAAUGGCAGCAAUGUGUCCCAGCUUGGAUUCGGAAUGCUCAGGACUUUGCGCGAUUUGUUUCAUCUUGUCUGUGCAAACUAGGAACUUUUAGCAACGGUUCUUGCCGUCACGCGACGCACUCACGAUGUCUCGACAUCGCAAUGUUCGGACUAUGAACUACGAUGACGACUAUGAAGGCUACUACGACGUGUAUGGUCGCUCACAGGAAGAGGACUCAUGCAUUUCUCCGAACACAGAGGAAGAGUUCCUCUACAACAGGGAGAAGCUGCACUCCAUGUCAUCGUUCCUGUCUCCCGGCGUGCUCAAGGAGGAGAAUGAGGACGAAGAGGAGGCAGAGGGCCCAUCCAAAGGGGAAGAGGUUGGUGGCCUGCUGGGACCCGAGUCUACCCUCAGCCCUGUGGACGAAGUGAGGCUAUACGAGUGCCUGGAGAAGAUGCAGAACGUCGUGGGAGACUCAAUCCCAGAGGCGACCCUCCGCCGCGCUGCCCUGGAGUGGGACUUCAACGCAGAGACAGCCCUUGACAAGUUGCUCUCGGAGGCGGAUGCUCCAAAGCCACAGCGGGAACCACGGGAACGCAGACGAGAAUCGGAUUGCGAUGACUCUGACACCGCUCUCGCUUUGCCCGAGCUCACAGACGUCGAGAGCCAACCGUCGGCCGAUGUCGAUUUCGACCUCGGUGCACUGGCGGGGUCGUCGAAACGCGCAUAUACGCAGGAAAGACGGAAUUUGCGUCGUGACGCUGCGAGUUUAGCCGACUUGGGCGCGAACGGCAACAGGGUGUCGUCUCGGACUGUCGAGCCGGUGCCCUCCGAUGGUUGUGGACUUGACCUCGCAACUUUGUUGGGGCGAACUGACGGGCAGGAGCAACGUGCCGCUCCCGUUUUUGGAUCCGAACCUGAAAGUGACUGUACUGUGCGCGGUUCAGAGCGGGGCACGCUCGCGUUCGUGGAGGAGCCUCAUCCGGUUGCAACGUGCGGUCGAUUUGAGACCGGUGCAAUGGGGAAAAGAUCUUGCAUCGAAGUGGUUUCGAAGACCGCCAACGUCGGUCCGGGGGCAGACGGGUCAACGCCGAAGAGUGCCGAUGUCGCGCCGACGUCGACGGACGACUUUUUAGAGAGUUUGCUUCGUGGAGCGGGGAAUGUAACAAAAACUCCCGAGGCAGGAAGCCCUGCUGUGGGUUUGCCCGUCGGUUUCAAUGGGCUGAUGAGUGCCGACAUCGGGCCGACAUCAAGGAGUUGCAAUGUUGCACCGACAUCACCAGACAACGUUUUAGAUAGCUUGCUUCGUGGAGCGGGGAAUGUAAGAACUCCUGAGGAAAUGCGCCCCGUCGUGGGUUUGCCUGUUCGUUCCGACGAGCCGACAUCGGACCGACUUGAAGCUGACUUGGACCUACUUUUGGGGAGUGCGAUGGGCGUCAACGAAUUACCAGGUUCGCCAAGCCGUCGAUCUGGAGGGAAGGAUGAUUUCGAGGAAUUUUUAACGUCUUUGGCAAACGACGUGCCCCCAGCCGCUCUUCGCAUGGCGGAAGGGCCAGGAGAUUCCGGCCUUGCUUAUUUGCAAGAUGUUGUUCAAGCAGAUGACAUGCUUGGAGAAUCUGUUUCUACGAGCUCUGCGAAGGCGCGGCGAAAACCGGCACUGCUCGACCUCGGACAAAUUCUGGGGCUGCGUGGAAAUUCGUUGUCGCAGAACGAUUUGUCGGCCGGCAGUUCACUGAAGCUGGACUCGAUACUGAAAGGCGGGGACACGAACAAUGCCACUUUGAUGCACCUAAAAGACUACCAUACCUUGGAGGGAGCUCUCGAAGAAAGUGCAUCGGGUAUCGAAAGAGAUGUUUUGCCCGAACGCAAACUGUCCUUCUCGUGGGGCGCAUCUGCAUCCGCAAAGUCACCGUCAUUGUUUGGUGCAGUGGUUGCCUUUUUUCCCUUGGGUCGGACUAAAGCUGAGGUGGUUCCGUUUUCCAAGAAACUCAGGGACCUGAUCUCCGUGAGGUACGGAGGUCAUUUGACAUCCUCGAUUGUGGCGUUUGACUUCUCGACUCCAUCGCCGGACGACAUCGUGAUUGAGUGCAGGAAGAAAGCUCUCGAUCCCUCAGAAAAGAAGCCGCUGGAGAGGCUGGGGGCUGCCCAGAGGUCCGGCAUCACCAACCCGGAAGAUGCGCUGACGGCCGAUCCGGUCUUCCGACAGUCCUUCGGCCAGAAGCAGACGGUUGACUUUGACGACCGGCAGCCCAAGGUCUCCACAGACAACUCCCUGAGGGCCCCGGCAGCCGACAACGCUCUCAAAGUGCCGAGUGCAAACAGCUCCAACCGAAGCUCCCCCGACCUGGAAAGGAAGGAGGCGUCUCCGGACAGUGGAGACGCUCCGUCAGCGGCCGAUGCCACGCCUGGGAAGCCGUCGAGACCCAAGGCCUCUUCGAAGGACGUGCUUGCGGAAUACACCAAGGAGCGAGGCGGAGUCAAGCCCCUUUUGAACCUGGUUGUGAUUGGUCACGUGGACGCUGGCAAGAGCACCCUUAUGGGACACCUCUUGUACAGGCUGGGCUGCGUGCAAAAGAAGCAGAUGCACAAGUAUGAGCAGGACUCCAAGAAGCUGGGCAAGGCAUCCUUCAUGUAUGCAUGGGUGUUGGACGAGACUAUGGAAGAAAGGAACCGCGGAAUCACGAUGGACGUAGCACAGGCCAAGUUCGAGACGCCGGCCCGGAGCAUCGUGCUCCUCGAUGCGCCAGGUCACAAGGACUUCAUCCCCAACAUGAUCACCGGAGCUGCCCAAGCAGAUGUCGCCAUCUUGGUUGUGGAUGCGACACGGGGAGAGUUUGAGACCGGAUUCGAAGCCGGCGGGCAGACACGGGAGCACACUCUGCUCGUCCGAUCUCUAGGUGUCUCCCAGCUGGCGGUGGCCAUCAACAAGCUGGACAAUGUGUCGUGGGACGAAGGGCGCUACCGGGACAUCACGGCCAAGCUGCAGAGCUUCCUGCGUCAGGCGGGCUACCGGGAGGCGGACUUCACCUUCGUACCCUGCAGCGGCCUCACGGGGGUUAACCUCACAGAGCCGCCUCCCAAGGACGAGGGACUCGCCAAGUGGUACAGUGGCCCCUGUCUGGUGGAUGUCAUCGACGGAUUCAAGCCGCCCGAGCGUCCGGUGUCAAAGCCGUUCCGUCUGUGCGUCAGCGACGUGUUCAAGGGCAUGGGGUCGGGAUUCUGCGUCUCGGGGCGCAUUGACGCCGGCGGAAUUUCCAACGGAGACCGCGUGCUGGUCAUGCCGGUCGGCGAACAGGGCAGCGUCAAAGGUAUCACGAUCGACGACAUGCCAACCCCGCGUGCCUUUGCGGGAGAUCAGGUGGCCCUGACGCUGUCCGGAGUCGACAUCAUUAAUGUCGCAGUGGGCAGCUUCCUGUGCGACCCCUCUGCACCCAUCCGGGUGGGGACCCACAUCCAGUGCCGGGUGGUGGUGUUCAACGUGGAAAUGCCCCUGACCAGGGGCUUCCCCCUGGUGCUCCACUACCAGAGCACCAGUGAGCAGGCCUCAGUGCGACGCAUCCUGUCCCAGCUGCACAAGGGCACCGGGGAGGUGGUGCGACACAAGCCCAGGUGCCUGACGAAGAACACGAGCGGCAUCAUCGAGUUGAAGGUGAGCCGGCCUGUCUGCGUGGAGCUGUACAAGGAGUUCAAGGAGCUCGGACGGAUCACUCUGCGCUCGGGCGGCUGUACUGUGGCCGCCGGGGUCAUCACCGAGGUGACAUGAAAGGUGUCGGUCGACAUCUCUGUACCUCGACUGCAAAACGAAACGCGAGGCUUGAGUUGAUCGACGUGUGUAGCCAGUCGCAAACUGCAGCGCACAUAAUUCCUGAUACGGAUGAUCUCUGUCGUCACUGGCCACCUGCACUUCCCCGGAGUAACUUAAAAAGAAACUGUGCAGAUGCAGUUUCUUAUAUUUGCGAGGCCACUCCUCGAGUUUUUUUCUAAUGCAAGAGACUCUUUGUCUCGGGACAAUAAAGCGAGAAACAAAAUGUUUUCAUGGAAA